AUUUACAUUUGUUUUUGCAUGCAUGAGUCUGGAUUCUUACUUCAGUAAUUCUUACUAAUAUAUUUGUUUAGGUAACAGGACAUCUCAACAUGACCAAAUGUGUCACUUCAUGUUAACAAUAAGCACAUUAGACGUGUUCUUGUUGUAGCUGUGGACCCUGGAGCAGCUCUGAUGGCUUUUGAAUCUCUUUGUCAAAUGCUAACUAACAUUAGUCAUGUCCAUCUGUACGUUUAAAUGCUUCACGUUACUAAAAUGCUGUCAGUGGGGAAGUAAAGCCGCUGUCUUUUUGUGACACGUGGGCGAUCAGAUUGUGUGUAGAAAAAGUGUAGAAAAGUCUCUUUUAUCUCUGUGGUUGAAGCAAGUUCAUGAAAACCAACGGAGAACACAAUUAUCUUUGACGACUUAAAGCGUCGCGACUCUAACGGAACAUUUGGAGCGUGCCCAGUUUUAAAUGAACAAACAUUGACGGUUACGUUUUUGAAAUUGCGAUGAUAGGAACCAAGAUGGUGGAACCUCUGCCGGGUGGUGGGAACGACAGGCUGCUGUGUGCAGCUUCCCCUCCUGUUCUUUGAAGGAGCAAAGAGCCCCCUCGAGGAUCUCAAAAUGACUCACUUCAUUAACUCGUGCCGCUGACACACCGAGACAGGACAAUGACAAAGUCGCCUCAGGAUUAACACGAAAUGUCUGGGUCUGAAAUAAGUGGACAGAGAACGAAGCGAGAGAGGUCUCCGUAGUUUAGAGAUGAACUUGUGUCUCGCAUUCGAUACUAAAUGAUAGAAAUGGAAGAUGAAGAUGAAACCUCUGGAAGCAUAUGGAUAAUAUAAUGCAAGCGUCUGUUGUAAUGAAGCGUGUAAUAGCUGCUUUUCUAAUGUCAUGAAAGACAGAACGCUGGAAGGAAAUCAAACCAGAGAGGACUGAAGUGAACUGAGGCCUUUUUCUUCUGGUGCGUUGUCUCCCUCUGCAGGGGAGGCGGAGUAAAGACAGCCUGACAACAAAGGAAGAACAGAGUGAGGAGCAAAAAGGCCGAAAGUGGAAAGAAAGCAGCAAAGCACUGCAUGCAUACGACAUUUCAAUCAAACAGUCUGCAUGUUCUGAUCCCUUUAAUACCCCCGGAUGAUCAUUCCUUUGUUGGGAGCGUGCCCUGUACAAUAUUGUGUGUGUGUGUGUGUGUGGCGCAUAGUUCGAAAAGGCUUAUCCAGGGCGACAUGUGCAUUCAUGACUUCCUUUAGAUAAAAGUGAAAAUUUAAAUGAGAAGCAUGAGUUUUGACCUGCUUGUCUGAUUGGUGGUGAAGUGGUGUCCUGUAGAUGAGCCCGUUGAGGACUUUCUUUAGUUAGUUAGCUCAUGGUGUCGACUUCAACCCCCCUGCGGUGAUGCCGUGUAGCCCUAUUCUCAACAUCUGCGACAUGUUUACAACUCCAAAUCUGAAUUUCGACACCAAAAAAGAUGAAUCCUGUUUACGUAAUAAAAAAAUGUUUAAAAAAAUGAAUAAUUUCCGCAGACUUUUAUAUGCCUCGUGGCAUCCAUCGUUCAUCUGCGCUCGAAAAAGCUUCACGAUGCUUCAAAGGCAAUAAUCGCUCAAAAGUGGAACUGUCGUUCCUCAACAUGGAAACAAUUUCCCCGCCGUCAGCUCUGUCGGGUCCCAUGAAUGCUCCAAACAGUUGGAAUUAGAUUUGAUGACAAAGUAGUUGCUUUUAGUUCCGUCAUAAAUACUCUCUUGCCCGUUAACCCCUGGGGGGUCGUUAUUUUGUUUUUUGAUCUGUCACACUCCAAAAUCCCCCCCGCAGUGCAGGAGGCGAUAUUGAACCACACUCGCAUUCCAGCAUGUGUUGGAGCCCAUGACACAUAUCAGCUCCAUGUGUUGGUCGUGCCACAUUACGGGCUCAACAAUGCCUCUGACACUGCGGUACAGCUUGAAAGCCACUUGACUUGCAUGGAGCUGCGUGCUCACGCGGCCCACAUGAGGCCUUUGAUGGCCGGCUUGUCCCAUCGGAAAUACGUGGGGAUAUUGAAUAACGUCAGCGCUAUUCAAUAUUCCCCCCCCCCCCCCCCCCCCGUGCCCAUCGGUUUCUAAUGCAUGCCUUUAAAAAUAAAGGUGAACUAAUUCGAUUGGGUGAAGGGGAAUUUAGCAAACAUGACUGAAACAGGAAGUGCUGGUGUUCAGAAGAUUGACAGUGGUAAUAGGUUAAGGAACAUGCCACCUGAUGUGUUUUCACAACAUCGCCCGAUUGACUUUAAAUAACUUUAAAGGUACAAUAUGAUCAGAAUAUGUCAGAUACUUUGCAUACUUUGAUAUGUCUGGGACCAAAGAGGUGUUCACUGACUUCCACACGAGGGAAGUAUACAUGUAUUUAAAAUAUCAAAGUAUGCAAAGUGUGGAUGGGAUUGUCACGUCUCACAUUUUAACGUCUGAGCUCGGCUAUUCUGCAGAAAAGAUGUCACUGGUGAUGAAUUAUCAGAUGUUUACUAUUAUGUGCAACAACAUUGUUUCCUCGACGACCGCUUAGGGACCCAGGCUGGGGAUUCUGGGCUCGAGGACAAGAUCGGCCCAAAAGCCCAUCGAGUCAUAAGACACCGUUAUUAAUCUGGACUUGUUGUUCGGCCUGCGUCCAGCUCGGGGGCCCCUCUGCGUCGGCAUCUCCCCGCCCGUCUCCAGGCCCGUCACUCCUUACAGCGCUAUCCAAACCUUUUCUGACAGCUGCCCCAAUAGAUAAAUGAAAACCCAGGUUGUGUUGGUUUUACAGCCACUUCCAUCCCUGACCAAGAACAAGAAUUCCUGCGCGGCCCCCCCAAACGUCCCGAGCCUCCAGGUCCGUCGCGCCUCCUGACAAAUAUGAAAAGAAACAGAUAUCGCGGUGCGAGCGCCAGGACAGUGAGUGCACGCUGCUUAAGUGCUGUCUUGGCUUUGGAUAUUGUGGUUUAGGAGGAUUAUUUUAAAAGAAAGCGAGAGGUUGAGGGAGUGAGAGUACGAGGCAUACAAAAUAUACACACACACGUGUAUACACAAAGGGUUCUGCCUCCGCUGACCACGAGACGUUAUCUGUGACUUGUCCUCUGAAAUAGCUGUCGGCUGAGGCCCUGAGACCAGGGUUCAGCAGCCAAGAGGGUCCAGCUACACACAGUGGGCAUGAGGAUCAGGCCAAUCCCAGAACAGCCGAAGAAUGACAAGGAUUCUAUUAUUUUAGACUUUUCGUACAUCGCCGCAAUCUCUCAAAAACGCUCGGUUGGCAGCCGGAGAGAAUUUGAAUUAAAAGGUUCAUUUUCCACAAACUACCCUCAGUCAUUUUCUAAAAGCCGGGGUCUCACUCUGGUCCAGAUCGGUAUCUCGCUGUGGAACGGAUCUUAUUAAUAUUAUCUCGUCGCGGUUAUUUGUUCCGCUCAAGCGAAGCUCAGAGCGUCUCACAUAUCGCUCGACCAAAAUGUCAACAAGUGAAGAAGACAUGCACUUUGUCCCCAUGUCCACUCUGUGAAGUAGACCUAUAAAACGUCUGGUGCUUUGAAGGGGCAGUGGAACUGAACUGACCCCCCCCCCCCUUCAUUCUACUUAAAGAGAAACCUCUUUAAAGUUCCACCCUGUUUGCUGUGGUUCUCUAAAGGGACGGAUCGGCCUACAUUCCCGUUGUGUCGUCCUUACGGCGCUUACACCUCGACGCUUCGCUUCAAAGACGACGGGGUUUAACCUCACGGUGCGUUAUCAACAACCUCUCCUCCUUUCUCCCACGUUCCACAACGAUGCAGCCUCGUUCACGACCAAGUCCAACUGGAUGAACUGAUACUCGACUGUCCGCCGGGCACUGCAGCGUCCAUGCGGCGCCAGAUGUUUUGGGGAUGAUGACAUUUCCUCCAUGCCGCCACAUGAGGGCGUGUUGUUGGUGAUGCACCAGCAGACCAUCAGGAGCUGGAGACCACAGACUCUCGGCGAUGACCGACUAAAGCGUUUCAGAGAACUUCCCCGCACGGGUUCCUAAUGCACACCAGUCCUCUAUCGGUCCAGGUGGCAGAGCGCGCGCACUUCGGCCGUGGGAUGCAGCCUCUCCUCUCCAACACAUGGACAGCGGAGCUCGGAGCUGCCGCAGCGCGCCACGGCUCCACGAGCUGAAGACACCAGCUUUCACCCAGCGCCGAGGAGACGAAAAAGAAGCGGAGACGACGCUCCCGCGUUUUAACACUGGGACCGCAAAUAAAAAAGGAUAUCACACUUCUCUUCCAUUUCCGAACCGCGAGCGAGCAGAACCAGCUGUGUUCAAUGCGCAGCCAUGCUCAUCAUCUCAUCCCGCAGCGCGCUGCUGUCCAUCUACUACCCGCAGAUCUUCUUCAUCCUCACCAGCGGGAGCUACCUGGCGCUGUCCUCUGUGGUAGCACUCGGUGCCAACAUCAUCUGCAACAAGAUACCGGGACUGGCGCCCCGUCAGAGAGCCCUCUGUCAGAGUCGCCCGGACGCCAUCAUCAUCAUCGGCGAAGGCGCUCAGCUGGGCAUCAACGAGUGUCAGCACCAGUUCCGCUCCGGCCGCUGGAACUGCUCCGCCCUGGGCCAGAGGACUGUCUUCGGACAGGAGCUGAGAGCAGCAGGGAGGCAGCGUUCACGUACGCCAUCACCGCAGCCGGAGUCGCCCACGCGGUGACCGCGGCCUGCAGCCAGGGCAACCUCAGCCAGUGCGGCUGCGACCGCGAGAAGCAGGGCUACCACGACCGAGAGGACGGCUGGAAGUGGGGCGGCUGCUCGGCCGACGUCAAGUACGGCGUGGAGUUCUCGCGGCGCUUCGUCGACGCCCGCGAGAUCAAGAAGAACGCCCGCCGGCUGAUGAACCUGCACAACAACGAGGCGGGGCGAAAGAUCCUGGAGGAGAGGAUGAAGCUGGAGUGUAAGUGUCAUGGCGUGUCUGGUUCCUGCACCACUAAGACCUGCUGGAUCACGCUGCCAAAGUUCAGAGAGAUCGGUUACCUGCUGAAGGACCGCUACGGCGGGGCCCUCCAAGUGGAGCCGGUCCGGGCCUCGCGCCUCCGCCAGCCCUCCUUCCUCCGACUCAUGGAGGCCCGGGGCUACCAGAAGCCCACGGACACGGACCUGGUGUACCUGGAGCGUUCGCCCAACUACUGCGAGGAGGACGCGGCCACGGGCAGCACGGGGACGCGGGGCAGGCUGUGCAACGGCACCUCGGCCCACGCGGACGGCUGCAACCUGAUGUGCUGCGGCCGCGGCUACGACACGCACCGCUACACGCGCAUCUGGCAGUGCAACUGCAAGUUCCACUGGUGCUGCUUCGUCAAGUGCAACGCGUGCAGCGAGAAGUCGGAAGUCUUCACGUGCAAGUAGAGGGGGGGGGGGGGGGGGCAUCGGAGAGGCUGCUGAAAAAUGGACAAUGGUUGAAGGUAAAGAGGGUUACGGUAAAGUGGAAUUUGAAGUGAAGUAUUUAUUCAACAAUUUGCACAUUUUUUGGGGAAUUCUUUAAACAGAGGAAAAAAGACUUGAGGGUUAGAGAGGACUGAAAAAGCACUUCCUGUGCGCUGGUUUACCAAACGUGUUGCAGUUGAGAGGAUUUUCUCCGUUUCAAUAUUUGGAAGACAACAUCUUGAGAAGAUGUCGCUCCCGGAUGUCUCUCGCAUGAGAGGAAAGACAACAAAGACUAUUGCUGGAUGUGAAGAAGACUUUUCCGCGACAGCAGCGAAGCGCUGCAGACGACAGAAGACGGAACAUUGAAAGAUGGCCGUGGAAUACUUUUAACUGUACGCUCACACUGUAUUCUGUUUGAACACUGAAAAUAAAACACUACGUAUUUAUGGGGGAAAAACCAUCUUUCAAACUUAAGUCUUAUAGGACGGAUAACAAACUGAAUUGCUGUUUAUUUCCCAUCGGUUGUAGGAUCUUAAAUUGCUACUGAAACACUUCAAGCUGGGAGUAACACACGUAUAGCCACUAAACUAAAUUCCCUUUUAUUCAUUAUUAGUUUGUCUGUGGCGUAUUUGGCUGAAGAUACGCGAUUUUUCUUUGGCGCUACACCGCCACAUCUCGUUUGUUUUUCAUGGAACAUCAGUACGUUGCGUCGUUGACCCCUUUGUUACGCCGAGAGCCAAAGAGGCGGAAAAUACUCCCCAAACUAUUUAAAGCAUCCGACGUGUCAGUUGAGCGGCACUUUCCACCCCGACCGUGUUCAUUGCUGUGUUUUCGGAGGCCUCUCGACUUCUGAGAAAAAGCACGUGAGCCUCGUCGGAACGCCAUAGAGGUGCAGCCGGGUUCGGAUACAUCCAACGUUCCCAUGAAUGCCAGAGACGUGGAAUUCCACAUGAUGGCCUCUGCUUACACAAGGCCUCGCAGCGCGGUUUAGGCCUGCCCGGUGGACGGCAUGUCCCCCAACCACACAGAGGGGGGGACCGGAGGAUCAAAGGCCUCAGAGCUAUUUUGGGACAGCACCCUUAAUGUAUUCAGAAAUGUUUAUUUAGGCUUUAUAUAACUUACAAAACAAUUUGAAGAGUUUAUUUUUAUAUGAGGAACGUGGCACUUUAUGUCAUUUAUAGACUGAGCAGAAAGUCACUAUUUACAAGUGUUUUCUAAUGUCAUUGUAUUCAGAUUUGAGAGCUAUAACUUAUUUGGGGUUUUCAUGUUUUUUGAUCAAAGUCCCCAACUUGUAAAUACUCCACAGAUUGUCCACCUCGAUGCGAACCUUCACAAUUCAACGUAGCUCAAAAAAACCGAGUGAUUCAUCGAGUGUUGGAAAGUCCAGGAUAUUUUGAGUAUUUGAGUAAAUGCAUAAAAUGGCGAGUAGAUAACACACGGAGAACUAGCUGUGCCUCUUUAGAACCAAGAGAUUUGUGUUUCAGAAACUAGCAACAACUAGAGUUGGGACUUCAUAUUGAGCUCGUUUAGCUUUAUUUGUCCCGUGCAUCACUUACGAAACAUGGGACAGUUGUAUUUUUUUUUCCAAUAAAAUUUGAGCAUCCUU